GUGACCGGGUUAGCUCGCUCAGCUAACAGUUAGCCAUCCACUGGCAUUCAUUCGAAGGCUAACUACCAUCGCCGCACUCCACGGAAAUUAACCCUCGGCUCGCACUCUCCUUCCUCCUGCGGGACACCUCCACCGGCCUCUCCUCUCCCCGGCUCUCCGUCCUCCUGCUCUGGUCCGGUCCGGUCGUCAAAACUCGAAACGAUGUCGGCGGUGCAGCGUAUGAAAGUGGCGAACGAGCGGCACAGCAAGACGAUCACACAGCGGGGACACGUCCAGAAGACAUCGCGGCCUGUAAAUGAAGAAAAGUCUCCGGUGGGUCCGUGGCUUCUUGCCCUCUUUGUCUUUGUGGUUUGUGGAUCAGCCAUCUUCCAGAUCAUCCAGAGCAUCAGACAGGGCAUGUGAUGACCCUUUGACCCUAAAAGCUGAGCCUGUUGCCAUGAUGGACACCCCUCCACCACACACACACACGCAAACACACAUACACUAUUGUUCCUGUGGAGUUUUUAAAUGUGAGCAAAAUUUUCUUCCCACUGUAAACCUCUCUGUUUUUUUUUGUUUUUUUGUACCUUCUAUCUCGAUGAAGCUGAUCGGAUAUUGGUUGUUGAUUGAUUGCGGUGGGUUGUUGAAGUCUUAAUUCUGGUGCGGUCGUCCAGCUGACGGAGACGUUGGUCUGUGGGCGUCUCUGAUUUAAAGGCCAGAUCACGUGACGUCCUCACAUUUGCUCAUUAGUGAUUUGAAUCUUAUGGUUUACUGUGAAUUAAUUUAUUGCAGAGUUUCCUUCGCAGCUCUGAUCCGUCACAUGACCUUCUGGAUAACACGUGGGCUUUUAAGGUGAAAAACCUUCAGGAAGUGAUGAAUCAGCCAUGGUGCGUUCAGGUUUUUUCUAACACGCACACACGCACGGAAGCUUUUCAUGUGGUGUAGUGACACUUCCCGUUACUUUCUGAGUCAAAGUACUUCACAAACUCAACACUUCCUGUAAAUAUUUCACAAUAAGAGCCUUUAUUCUGACCCGCUGAGUCACAGUGUCAGGACUUGAGUCAGUUUCAUUGUAAUGAUGCAAUGUUUACAUGUGAAAGAGCUAAUGUUUUCUGUUUCAGAUGCUCAUGUGAUGUGUUCAGGGACCUUGUGGAUGUGUAGUGACGUAAAAGCAGCAGAUUGUUUUUACAUCAGACUUUAGGGAAGAAAUGUUGCAGAAUCCUUUGCUUCCUGUUUGUCUUGAGAGUGGUUAUUGUUCUGGUGUAAAUAAUUCAGAGCUGAUAACCACUCAUUGGUUCACAGCUCAGCGCCUCCUGCUGGACGACCAGCUCCACUUUUAUACAAAAUAAACUUGGAUAUUUUCUCUACA